AUGAACAAACUUAACAGCAUGUUAGAAUUAAAAGCUGAGGAACAUAUAGCAAACUGGGCCAGUUACAUAGAAAAAGAAAUAGAAAUAGAAGCCAAAGAUGCAGAAAAAUCUAACAAUAAACAGAACAACAAAUAUGCAACAAAGGAAAACAAACAAAAACAUGAAAAUGUCAGUAGCAACAAACAUGUGUUGAGCAACAACAAACAAGAACACAUGAAUACAGAGAAUGUUAUGGCACAUGAACAAAACAAAAAGGUUGCUCAAGAACUAACAAAAUCAGAACCAACUUUUAGUGCAAACAAUCCAUAUGCUAAAAAACCAGAAGAAAAUACACAAGCAAAUGAGGAACAAGAUGAAUUAAUGCCAAUUUCUGAACACUUCUCAGUCACAGAAGAAGAAAUGUCAAUGGAAUCAGAAACUGAGCAGCUAAACAAUCCCACAAAGAAAGAUAAAACUACAAACACCAACUGGGAAACAGAAGCACUUAACAACACAACAGCUCAUUACCCACUUGAAAAAGCUUUUAGAGAACCAAACAAAGAUAAGAUAAAAUCUUACAAA